UGGCAGCGGCGGUGGUUGGCGAGCGGAGGACGCUUCCUUUCCGGCGGGGUAAUAUAGUUUUAAGAAACUCUUGAUUGAAUGAGGAGUCCAUUGCUUCGGUAGCCUUUUUCUUCAAGAGUGGGUCUUUGAAUGAGGAUGACAAUGGAAGAGAUGAAGAAUGAAGCAGAGACCACUUCUAUGGUUUCCAUGCCUCUCUAUGCUGUUAUGUAUCCUGUCUUUAAUGAGCUAGAACGAGUAAAUCUAUCUGCAGCUCAGACAUUGCGAGCAGCUUUCAUUAAGGCUGAAAAGGAAAAUCCAGGUCUCACACAAGACAUCAUCAUAAAGAUUUUGGAGAAAAAAAGUGUUGAAGUUAAUUUUACUGAGUCUCUCCUUCGCAUGGCAGCUGAUGAUGUAGAAGAGUAUAUGAUCGAAAGGCCAGAGCCAGAAUUCCAAGACUUAAAUGAAAAGGCACGAGCACUUAAACAGAUUCUCAGUAAAAUUCCAGAUGAGAUCAAUGACAGAGUGAGGUUCCUUCAGACAAUCAAGGACAUCGCCAGUGCAAUAAAGGAACUUCUUGACACAGUAAAUAAUGUCUUCAAGAAAUAUCAAUACCAGAACCGGAGGGCACUUGAGCACCAAAAGAAAGAGUUUGUAAAAUACUCCAAAAGUUUCAGCGACACUUUGAAAACCUAUUUUAAAGAUGGAAAGGCAAUAAACGUGUUCAUAAGUGCCAACCGACUAAUUCAUCAAACCAACUUGAUACUCCAGACCUUCAAAACUGUGGCCUGAAAAAGAACUGUAUAUGUUGAGAGCUGUACUUUUCAAUGGUGGAUAGGAUACCUUUAUAUGUAAACUUUAAAGUUUUGACUGUAUAAAUUAUCAGUCCCCGUUGCAGGGACCUAAUGCAGGAUUUUGAAUGGGAUUUAUUGCCAUCUUACACCAUAUUUUUGUAAAAACAUUGUAGCUUAAUCAUAAUCUCACGAUGAAGAUUUUGCAUCACUUUUUUGCUAUUAUCAUUCUUUUCAGAAUUAUAAGCCAAAAGAAUUUACGCCUUAAUGUGUCAUUAUGUAACAUUCCUUAUAAGAAUUGUAAAUAUUUGGUGUUCUGUUUCUGACAUUUUAACUUGAAAGCGGAAAACUGCAAGAUUAUGUAUUUAACAAUAUUGGUGGCAAAUACUCAAUAAAUAGUUUACAUCUGUUA